CUUCCGACGUCAGUUCAGUACACAACAAGCUAUCCACCUUCCAUCCCAUUCCACCCCCACUUGGACUAUUUCUUCUUUCAAAAUUAUCCAUCCACGUGGAUAAAUCCAUGACGUCAAUGAUCCCCACACGCGAGAUGAAUCCCAGCCGUCCAAAAGAGCGGGAUAAAUUAUUUCAUUAAUCGAAGAGACCCACCCAAUAGUAAUCCGAAACGUCAUCAAAAGCUGAGCCGUCUCAGAGAAGUCUUUUCAGUUUUUCAAUAUUGUUCCCUUUCUUCUUCUUCUUCUGAGCAAUCGAAAUCCAACAAUGACGCCCAGGAAGAGAACAACAAUGGAGCCCUCAACCCGGGUCACCCGGAGUUCGACCCGUACAGUAAAACCCACCAUCCCACCACCAAAAUCACCUCUUAAGAAGAAAGCCAAAAAAUCCACGGACAUUUCUAAAGAAAAAAAAGUCAACUUCAGUUCCUCUGUUUUGGAUGGGUCGAAGAAGAAAACCAUCAUCGUGGAGUAUUGCAAGCAGUGCAACGCGUUCAAGACGAGGGCUUUGUUUGUGAAGGAUGGGCUGGAGAAAGGGAUGGAUGGGGCGGUGAAUGUGGUUCUGAAUCCGGAGAAGCCCAGAAGGGGUUGUUUUGAGAUUAGGGAAGAUGGAGAAAAUGGGGAGAAGUUUAUCACUCUUUUGGAUAUGAAAAGACCCUUUAAGCCCAUGAAGGAUCUUGUCAUGGAUGAGGUUGUUUCCGACAUCCUUGACAAGAUUAAGGGAUGAUUUUGGGGGUUGGAUUUAAUUAGGAGGAAAUAGUCAGAUUUUUAAUCGCUGUUUUAUGCUGGAAAGAUUCAGUCUUUGGCAGGCUUCUUUGGUACUACUUUGGGGGCUAAUUUUGACUUGCAAGAAUGUCUUUCAAUGUCCUCAUUUUGCAAUUGAAGUUAGCAACGAUGGAAUUUGUCUAACAUUGUUUUUCUCUUUUGUGUUUUAAUUGUCAUGUUAGGCCCUCAUUGUUGUUAUCUGCGGGAUGAUUGAAAUGGAAAUUGAAAAUUGAAAUUUAUAUUGAUUCUGGGUUAACAUUUAAGAUUUGAAGAACUACAUUGCUUUGAUGAUUGUAAAUCUUCCUUCAGUCAGGUUACCACCACUAUGGAUUCUCAUAAUUUUUAAGGGAUUUUCAAUUUUGGGUUAGGUCUUUCCGGAUGGAAGCUGAAGCUUUUAAACUUUAAAGCCUACCAAAAAAUGCCAUUGGAAGAAGUUCAUAAGCUGGAAGCAAAGCCCAAGCCGUCCUGGUCCUCUUGGUGGUGGAGUUACUUGUAAGAGCUGAAUCCAAAGUAGUGUACAAGACAAUUCUAAUCCUUUUCUUAUUACAGAAAUGAGAGGAAUCUAUAACUCAAG